UAGGUGCUUCAGUAUUGAGAGAAUUGAGUUAUUUAAAUAUGUAUCUGUUAUUGAUGUUCUGACCAGCGGGUAAGCAUCAAUAAUGCACAUCAGGGCUGGCUUGGGGGGAAUUCUUAUCAAACGUUUUAGAAUUGAGAUUAUAGGUGCAUUGUUUGAUUGGUUUUAUAAGAAGGUAAAAGAAUUUUUCCUCCCAAGUGCAAGCCGGCUCAACUGAAUUUCCUCCAGCAUUUCCUGCUCUAAAACACGUAUAAUGUCUUUGACGUACUCUAAUUUAUAAGCUUCUUUUCUUGCUAUAGUUUUCCUGUUCAUAUGUGUUCAAGACUUGCUUUUCAAUGUUAAAUAAAUCUGCAGCACUCUGCAGAGUGUUGACGUUGAUAAUAAAUUGAUUGUUCAAUUGCUAAGAAGCAUAUGUUCGAAUUAAUCAAGCUGUAUACCUUUGUGAUCAAAGUUGAACUUGAUUAAUAAAUUUCAUGUUUAAAAGGAGAACUGAAAUUGAAAACAGUUCGAGAUAUAUAAUUAAUUUAAUGAGUUGAAGUUAAGCGAAGAACUUUUAUUGCCUAAUUUGUCCUGUAAUUGACAUGCAUAUGUCAUGUGGUCCUUUAAUGGACAUGUCUGAGCAUCUUAACAUAAUUGGGGAAAAUGAAGGUGGAAAACGAUAGAAAUUUCUUUCAAAAUUCCACAAAUUUCCCAACUAAAAAAUUUUCUUUCAUACAAUUUUUUGUCGAAUUAUUAUCGUUAUUUUUGUUUUGUGUUGUUAGUCUGCAUAUGGUUGGUUUGAUACUACAGUUGAAUAAAAUGAUUUCCUUUCAUGUCACUGUUCAUAUGUAUGCAUAUAUCAUGCUAUUGUUAAAUUAUGCAAUUCUUUUUAUAUAUAUAUGUAUUUUUUUAACAUCAAUCUACAUAUACACAUUUUUAUUGAUUUCUCCAUGCACACACAUUAUAUAUUGAAAGAAAAGUCUUUACCAUUUGCUAGCCAUAGCAAAAGCUUACUUGUCAUGGCAACUAGUAGUAUUCUCAUCGCUUGGAUCACUAUUGUUGCUUUUCUGGUGCGAGCCUUGAUUAGAGCAAUUACCAGCUCUCGCACCAAGAGUCACCAGCUUCCAGGUCCUCCUUCUCUGCCCAUCAUCGGUCACCUUCACUUGCUAAGCUCUAGCUUACCAAAAUCCCUUCAGAACUUAGCUAGCCGUUAUGGUCCUAUCAUGCAGAUAUUCAUGGGAGGAAAACCUGUAGUUGUCAUAUCUGACCCAAUCAUAGCCAAAGAAAUCUUGAAAACCCAUGAUGUUGACUUUGCUUCCAAGUACAUUCUUGGUUUUGGUUUGUCAAAAUUCAACAUGUAUGAUGGGUGUAGUUUCAUUAACUCUCAAUAUGGACCGUAUUGGAAAUUCAUGAAGAAGCUAUGCAAGACACAGCUAUUUGCAGGUCCACAGCUUGACCGAUUCAUCCAUAUUCGAGAGCAAGAGACACUAAAGCUCUUAAAAUCACUAGUGGCAAGAUCUGGAGAAGGAGAACCUUGUGAUUUGGGUAUGGAGUUGUCAAACUUGGCAAAUAAUGUUCUUUGUGAGAUGGCAGUGGGCAAAAGAUGUGCAGAAAAUCCUAAUUUGCCAAUGGAGAUAAGGAAAUCAAUUAUGGCCAUCAUGGAAUCUACAGCGAAGCUAAGCUUCACUCAAGUGUUUGGCCCUCUGAAGAAAUUUGAUCUCUCCGGACAUGGUAAAAGGCUUAUAUCUGUAACUUUAGAAUACGACCAACUAUUGGAGAGGCUGUUCAAGGAAUAUGAAGAUAACCAGAUGAAUGAUUCGGGACAAGAAGAGAAAGAUGUGAUUGAUAUAUUGUUGGGGACCUACAGAGAUACAAGUGCCGAGCUCAGAAUAACCAGAAAUCAGAUCAAAACCUUCUUCCUAGAAAUAUUCACGGCAGGAGUGGAUUCAACUGCAGCAAGUAUACAAUGGGCAAUUGCAGAGGUGAUCAACAAUCCUGAGAUAUUAAAGAAACUAAGAGAAGAGAUUCAUUCAAAGGUGGGAUCUAACAGGGUAGUAAAAGAAUCAGAUAUUCCAAAUCUUCCUUACUUGCAAGCCAUUGUCAAGGAAACCCUAAGAAAGUAUCCUGCAGGACCAUUACUUCGAAGAGAAAGCAACAUAGACACAAAUUUAAACGGUUAUGACUUAAAAGCAGGUACUAAGAUCCUCAUCAAUGCUUAUGCAAUCAUGCAGGACCCUAACAUAUUUAAAGAACCCGAAAAAUUCAUACCAGAGAGAUUUUUGGUUGACCAUCAAGAAAUGGAUUUUUACGGUCAGGGUUUUCAUUUCCUUCCAUUUGGUAGUGGAAGAAGAGCUUGCAUUGGACAGUCACAUGCUUUGACAGUCACAUAUACCACAAUUGCGUCUCUGAUUCAAUGCUUUGAUUGGAAAUUGAAAGAUGGAGAGAAGUUUGAUGUCAAAUUAACCUCAGGGUAUUCAGGAGCUAUGGCAGUCCCUCUUGUCUGUUAUCCUAUUAUACGUUUUGAUCCAUUCAAGGUUUAAUUAAUCCCUAGAAUUGAAGAAAUGCAUCUCAUUUAUGUUUAUAUGUACACUUAUAGUCAUCGUUUCAGUAGUCAAGCAGAGUGCUUUGCUCGUCUUCCGAAUGCUUUGCUGUGGAUAUUGUAAUAAUAUAAUAUGCAUUCAAGUAUUUUCUUUCUCUGUCUGCACAGAAAUUUAAGUUAAUUGUGAAUUUCAUUAGGGAAAGUACUAGCUCAAAGCUUCCUAGGACUCCAAUCCAAAGAGGUCCAUUGAUUGAUCUGUUUGAUAUCCAUAAGAGAACUCCAACCCAGAGGACUCAUCAG